AUGGAAGAAGUGUCACUUGGAGCUGGGAGACUCGUCCUACAGAACGAGCAAAUCGUGGAAGCUAUAGUUGGGGCUUUGGUCGACUCCUCUUCCUCCUCCUCAUCUGUGCGCUCUUCAAGUUUGGGAUGUACACCACACUCGAGUUCGAGAUUCACACCACACUCGUCCUCCUCGACCUUCAAACUGAUUACCACCAAAUUAAAAUACAACUCGAACAACUCAAAGUUGGACUACCCAACCCACCGAUCCCUCUCCGCAUGUUCACUUGCUUCCAAAUCGUUCCUCGCGCCUUGUCGGGCACGGAUCUUCCGCCAGGUUCGGUUCAAAUCGUCGAUGCAUGCGUUCGAGUAUGAUCAUGUUCAGAGGUUUUUGGCGAUCUUGGAUUAUGGGAGUGGGGAUGGUUGUGGCGGCGGAGGAGACGGACAGCUAAGUGGAGCUGGAGGGGUAGGACAGUACGUGAAAGAGCUGAUAAUCGAAGACGGGUACUGGGACCCCGAUCUCUCUCAAAUCUUGGCACGACUAUUUGCGCUACGGGUUUUACAUCUUACCUUCCCCACAUCGCGCUCGAACGACAACAGUCAAAAUCAAGGGCGGGAAAGGAAGGGAGGUGUUUCGUGGACGCAAUUCGAUUCCUCCCUCCGAACCAAAUUGUUGGAGGUGAUAAAAGGUGGUAAAUUGGAGGAAUUGGCGGUUGCAGGUGUCCGUGGGUUCCCGAUUGAAGCUGUAUUUCAGGCGGGGAGGUUGAAGAGGUUGGUGGUUGAGGGGUGUUCGGUGGACGACGACGACGGCGAGUCCGAGCCUUUCUCGAAACUGUUCGCUAACCCACCUCACACUCAUUUCCUCACCCUAUCGUGGAUCGCUAAUACCUCCAUGGGGCUCGACACUGUUUCGUCGUCGUUGGAGUCGUUGACGCUUGAUUUGGGUACUACGAACGACUUGGACGAAUUGGAGCAGGACUCAGAGAGAAAGAGUGCCACUAGCAGAAUCGCGAAGCUGCUGGAAAGUUCUUCAGGGAGCUUGAAGGAGUUGGUUGUUGUCGGGACGGAUGAUGCCACACUGCCCACUCUCCACCUCCCCUUCCUCCCCUCCCUCCCCUCCCUCUCCAUCUUUCUGACGACUCCGUUCGAAUCGAGUCCGUACGGUCUGCCGAUGGGUUUGGUGGCUGGGCCGUGCACGCUUAUCCCGCAACAUGGCUUGCAGAGGUUGGAGGUGGUUGUUAAGUGGGAGGACGUGGAUCCGUUGUGUGGGUUCGUGCGAGGAGGGUUGGAUGGUCUAGGCGGGGAAAUAGGUAGUGGAGGGUUGGACGGGCCAGGUCAGACAUCGACGGCAUCGACGACAUCGAACUCGAAUUCGACGUCGACACCAUGGACCCGCCUCGACCAAACACUCUCCCUCUCACCUCACCUGCACGAAAUUACCAUCCUCUUCGACGUCCAAUUCCAGCAAGUUAAGAGUCAGACUCAGGAUAGCUCGAACGUGGAGUGGAGGAUGGAGGAUGUGAUGGUUGUUGAGGAGGCGGCGGAGGCGUUUGAGAGGGUGUUGGAAGGAAGCAGCACGGUUGUGGAUGGACGUGAGGUGAUGGAAGGGGGCGGGUUGUUGCCUCUUACGGCUUGGGGUAAUGUAGGUGUUGAGGCAGGCGGUAGGGGCUCUGAGGGCUCCUCGGGGGCUAACUUCAAGGAGAAGAGGAGAGCCGUUACUUUGGGACUCGUGAGGGGCUGA